GGAGAAAAAGGCCGAGAACACGAACGCAGUGUUUAUAUGGAAGAAGCCGUAGGAGAAACAUUUGGAAGGAACUGAGCUCUCGCUUCUUCUCUUUCAUUAAGUCACUGUUUAUUCGCAAAACAAACACGUGAAAUACUUGGGCCAGAAGAAGAAGAACUAACCACUCGUGAUAUACAAAAAAUGGCAGCGUUCCUCUAUUUACUGUCGUGGAUAUCGACUGUGGUUCAUAUAUGCUUAGGAACUCUUGCUCUCGCUGCAGCACUAUAUUAUCUGGCAGAGUUAGUGGAGGAGUAUACAAGUACAGCUGCAAAAGUGUUACGAUAUUCAAUAUGGGGAACUAUAGGCUUGUACGUGUUACUCUUUCUGUUUGAGAGCUUACCGUCAACUGUGGUCUUCUGUGGUCUCGUCUCCCAGCUGGUACAUCUGUCCAUUUUAAGAACCUUCCCCUAUUUUUUCCUCACAUCACUGCCCUUCAUUUUAGGUGUUGUAAUGUUUAUCGUCAAUCACUACUUGGCUUUCUCAUUCUUCGCAGCAUAUUAUUAUCCAGCGUCAGAGGUUUUGGCAUACUUCACCCUUUUCGUCUGGUUGGUUCCCUUCGGAUUCUUCAUCUCACUUUCAGCCAAUGAAAAUGUCUUACCCACACAUGCUGAGUCCAGGCCUUUACUAUCAAAUGAUGAUGACUUUGUCACGGGCUACUUCAACAAGAAGGGAAAGAGGUACGGCUUGCUUUCCUUCUUCAAUUAUCUCAAAGAAGAGUUCUUCCCACAGCGAGGAAAGAAAGCCUUCUAGCCCUAGGGAGGAAGGUGACAUCAGGUGCUUUUACGGAUCGCAGCCUCUUCCAGUCGGACUGUUUCAUCACACAGUGAAUGCUGACGAAUAUAUACAUUGUUGUGACCCAAGUGUGAAAAUCUUAAAAGGCUUAUUGGUGAUGAACAGGAAAACAGAAUUUGUUGAUAGUCUCCUCAGCCAGGAGGCAUUAGAAUAUCACUCAAAGUAAGGAGGUGUUCAUGUUUGAAAGGACUGUGCAGUAAGAAGGAAUGUACUGAUAGUGCACAAUAUAUAUCAUGCAGCCUACAGUUGUUCAAUAGAUUUCAAGAUAUUCAAGCAUCUACUCAUGAUAUUUUACAGCCGGUAGAGCCAGUGAUUUUUGUCUUUUGGGUAACAUAUUGUCAUUAAUAUUGCUUAUUUGAAUGUAUGCUUUUCUUGUUUGCGAGCUGAAAUAUACAGAGCAUUUUGGGGGGAAAAACAGUCCAUCAUCUGUAAAUAGGAAAAUGUUAAUCUUAUAUCUCACAAUCUUGUAAUGAGAGCUUAUUUAUGACAAUAGAGUUAGAUGAAUAAUUCAUUAUUCUCGAACUUAUAUCAUUUCUUGUAAACCAGGUGUUGCAAGUUUGAAAUGCUUUUUCUUGCUUUCUUUCUUUAUUUAUUUCUUUUCUUUUCAUCUUUUUUUUUUUUUUUUUUCCUAAUUUGACUUUGCCAGAUGGUAAAAUCACUACCAGUAUGUUAUACAAAUUAAGAAAAUAAACUGAUUAUUAGAAAAAUCAGGCAUCAGGUUUCCUAAGUUCACAUCUAUAGUAGUAAAAAAAAAAGAUAAAAAUAAUAAUAAGUGAAUAUUCGUAAUAUAUUAAAAUACUCCUGAAAUAAGUGGACAUGUUGUGUUAUUUGAUAAUUUAAGAAACUGAGAAAUUAUGACAAUUAGUGAAUAUGUAUUUGCUCAUAUUGCAUUGGUUAACCCAAUGAUGCUGGGGUAAAAAAAAUUGCUGUCAAGCACUUUUACCGGAGACCGUAGGAGCAGUUUGCCCAGCCAGCCCACCACAGGGAGCUCCAAGCGCAAGAGCGAGUUAUGACCGAGAGAGCCGUACCAGGUACUAAGCCAAAAUAUUUCACGACGGCCAGGGGCAUUUCCCUUUGGCAUGGGGUCAGGUGUUGGAAUCCUGGUUUUUGGAAGAAAGUGCACUUUGGCAGAAUGUUCUGACAUCGUGUUUUCUACUCCUGCAUUUAGGUAUUGCCGAGUUCCCUCAGGCAAGGGUGUUAGCUGUUCAGGUGUUGAACUAGAGGGAACCCUUUUUUUUUUUUUAAGUUUGAAAAUUAUAUUCGUAUUUGUGAUGGGUGAAUACUUUUCAUUUGUUAUGUUUGUAGGUUACCAAUGUGUGUUAAGUGCAGAGAGAAGUUAUAGUUUCCAAAAGUGAGGUAGCUGUUUUUAUCUGUAUUCACAUAGAAUACUCUUAACUGUAAAUUUUAGAACUUCUUGCACACACACAUGUACACACAUUCGCACAUACACAUGCACACACACACACACACACACACACACACACACACACACACACACACACACACACACACACACACACACAC